AGCAACUUCAAUUUUGGAUCUGGUGCUCAAGCAUCAAGUCCAAGCCGCGAGUUCUGAGUCUUUUCAGGCGUACAUCUCUCACCUAUCUCUCUCUGUUUUCUCUUUUGACCUGGCUUUCCGCCGGAGCUCGCCGACUUUCGCUCCUCCGCAGCUCUCCAACAGCUCUACCUUGUUCAGUCCCUCCUCCUCUCCUCCUGCUCCUGCUCCUCCUCCUCCGACAACGGCCGAGACGUAGACCAUGGCGGACGAGAUUGCUCCCGAGUACGACGUCAUUGUGCUGGGCACAGGACUGACCGAGUGCAUCCUCUCGGGCGUGCUCAGCGUCAAGGGGAAGAAGGUGCUGCACAUCGACCGCAACGACCACUACGGCGGCGAGGCCGCGUCGGUCAACCUCGAGGCGCUCUUUAAGAAGUAUGGCAACUACGCCGCCGGCACCGAGCCGUGGAAGCAGUACGGCCGCCUGAACGACUGGAACAUCGACCUGGUGCCCAAGUUCUUGAUGUCGUCGGGCGAGCUCACCAACAUCCUCGUGUCCACCGACGUCACCCGCUACCUCGAGUUCAAGCAGGUUGCCGGCAGCUACGUCCAGCAGGGCGCCGGGCCCAAGGCCACCGUCGCCAAGGUGCCGUCGGAUGCCGCCGAGGCCCUGCGCUCGCCGCUGAUGGGCAUUUUCGAGAAGCGCCGCAUGAAGACCUUCAUUGAGUGGAUCGGCCAGUUCGACCCCAAGGACCCGGCCACGCACAAGGGCCUCGACAUGAGCACCUGCACCAUGAGGGAGGUCUACGACAAGUUCGGCCUCGAGCCUUCCACCAGGGACUUUGCCGGCCACGCCAUGGCCCUCUACCUGACCGACGCCUACCUCGACGUCAAGGGCGGCGCCCCGGAGGCCAUCGAGCGCCUGCGCCUGUACGGCAACAGCGUGGCCCGCUACGGCAAGUCGCCCUACAUCUACCCGCUGUACGGCCUGGGCGAGCUGCCCCAGGGCUUCGCCCGCCUCAGCGCCAUCUACGGCGGCACCUACAUGCUGAACACGAGCGUCGAUGAGGUCUUGUACGAGGACGGCAAGGCCGUCGGCAUCAAGGCCACCAUGCGCAACCUCGAGCCCGAGGUGAAGUUCGAGACACGCGCCAAGAUCAUCAUCGGCGACCCGAGCUACUUCCCGGGCAAGGUCCGCGUCGUCGGCCACGUGCUGCGCGCCAUUUGCAUCCUCAAGCACCCGCUCGCCAACACCAACGACACCGACUCAUGCCAGAUCAUCAUCCCGCAAUCGCAGGUCGGCCGGAAGAACGACAUCUACAUCGCUUGCGUCUCCUCCGCCCACAACGUCUGCCCCAAGGGGUACUGGAUCGCCAUCGUGUCCACCAUCGCUGAGACGUCGGCGAACCACCACCUCGAGCUGGCCCCGGGCAUCGAGCGCCUUGGCCGGAUCGAGGAGCAAUUCAUGGGCCCGCCCAUCCCGCUGUACGAGCCGCUCGAGGACGGCACCAAGGACAACAUCUUCAUCUCCAAGAGCUACGACGCCACCAGCCACUUCGAGACCACCACCGACGACGUCAAGGACAUCUACCGCCGCCUGGCCGGCGAGGAGCUCGUCGUCGAGGGUUUGAGGGAGGGCAUCCAGGUCGCAGCUGAGUAAGGGGGCUGCCCCAAGUCGGGAGGAGCCCGGGUGGGGUGGAAAAAGGUUCUUAGGAGGAGGUGAGCCCGGGGCGGGGGAAGGGGGUAGGUCCCCGGGAGAGGAGAAGGAUGGGAUGAGAUACGGGGGUUGUCCUGUGCCGUGGUGUGGUGUGGUGUGGUGUGGUAGUGACGGUGAGGAGAUAUAGGCGUAAUACACAACGAGUUCACAGCC